AUGAAGCCAGAAACAGAAGAAGCGGUUCAAGCGGCCAAAGGCCUAUUGACAGAAUUGGUAAUCGUCGCAUCUCUGGUGCGAGCUUUGACUGAUUCUUUUGGAUCAGCAAGCGAUCUGUAUCAAAAGCUGAAGCGCAAGUCUAGUCCCAAAGACAGCGACGAUGAAGACAGAUUCCACAUCAGCAUGUUUGGGCACAGGCGCCGCGACUCUGGAUUCGGCAUGUCGGGCAGCAGCAAGGACCUUUGUGAAAGCGAAGGAGAGCUCAUUUUUACCUCUUCUGCUCAAAUCCGAGCCGAAUAUGAACGUGGAUAUCGGAUGAUAGGAGAGUCCUUUGCUCGUGGGGAUGCUACGGCGCAGAUCCAACUACAAUCACAAAUCAUACAGCUUCAGAGGGUGCUUCUUGUUAUACACCAAGACCUGUCGAUGAGCUCGUAUAUCGCACCCUCAUCCACCCACUCGCAUCUUGUACGUCUGAUCCAGACCACACGGACAGCGCGUGCAGCCUCGAUGGCGGCACUGAGCAUGCAGUAUCAACGUAUGCUGCCCACACCCUCACCUUCCCCAAGGCAGCCAGAUCCGCCAUUCAGUCCGCCUUGCAGUCCGCCUGGAGCUUUUCCAGACCCCGAGGAUACUUGGCACACGACAAAGCCAUUCAAGCCAAGGCGGCGUACGGGUGACAGCUCAAGCUCAUCGACCUCCUCAGAGGACAAGGAAUUCAAAAUACUCCCGAUUCCGAACCCGAUUUCCAAACCGAAGCCAGCACCGAAGCCAGCACCAAAACCAGAGCCAGAUCUGAAGCCGAAGCCGAAACCCGAGGACAAGCCAACAAAGACUCGGCUGUUCUGCAUCUACGCAAAAGAGCUCCAGGACAACCCCCUCAUGCCCCUAGCUGAUGCCUACAAACCAUGCGGCGACAACAAAUGCCCAUUCUGCCGCACAUACCUAGCCAUGCGACCGGGCAAAAUCUGGGAAAUCGUCGUCGAUAACUGCCGCGAAUCCAAACACCUCCGCCGCAAACCCCUCUACCGCGUCUUUCGCAUCAAAAACCGCUUCAUCGUAAAGUCGCACCGCGAACAAGGCGGUUUCGCAUGCGUCCUCUGCGCCAGAUUCCGGCGCUUCGACAUGUUGUGUCGUGACAUCGGGUCACUCAUGGAUCACCUGUGGCGCGAGCACACGGCCGACGAACUCGAGUGGGACUGCGACAUUUUAGAAUGCUGA